UAGAGCAUGUUAAAUGUCGCACGGGGCUCUGGGCGACCAUUUUUGUAGAAAUAGCCGUUUCCCACUUCACUUUACGGAGACUUUCGUAUUGUGAAUCAACAUCGUGUAAAUAGUACAAUUUAUUUUGCAACAAGAUCCGGUCGAAUGGUCAAUCCGUAUCCGAUGAACAACGCGAAACGUGCGCGCUUCAACAUGUGACAAGCCCAGCUCGCGGAUCAUCUCGCACGAGAGGAAUGCGCGAAGGGAGGAGCGAAGAUACGUCGAGUCGAUAAUAAUAAAAAGUUCGGUGCUCCGAAACCUCUAUUGUCAAUUACAAAAUAAGUAACGUUGUAUUUUUUAAAAACUGAAUCUCACAAUAAGAUCGAAGAUCUAUCGUAACGCGUACGUGUGCAUGUGUGUAUGCGUGCAUGUCUGCUGUUCCUCUGGUUGUUACGUUUCUUUUACUAUGCAAGAGCCUAACACCGAGUUCACUUUCAUUUAUUCUUUUUCUCUCGCUCCUUCUAUCGGUUGUGCGCCUCGUAAUAUAUUAAUUGAUAAUUGAACGAAGAAGAAGAAGAGUUUGUGUACACACGUCAUUUCACUCUUGUGAAUUGUAAUCGGAGCAACGUGUGCAACAAUGGCUGCAACGUUCGAUCAGUAUGACAAGUCAAGCUGGUAUUUUGGUGCUAUGUCACGACAAGAUGCUUCCGAUUUGUUAAUGGGUGAAAAAGAAGGUGGAGUAUUUCUAGUACGAGACAGCACCUCCAUACAUGGUGACUUUGUGCUAUGUGUAAGGGAAGACAGUAAAGUUAGUCAUUACAUUAUUAACAAAAUUCAACAAGGAGAUCAAAUUCGAUAUCGCAUUGGAGAUCAGAUGUUUCCUGACAUUCCCAGUCUUCUGGCUUUCUACAAACUGCACUAUUUAGAUACCACACCUUUAAUUAGACCUGCUCCAAAGAAAACACAAAGAGUAAUCGCCAAGUAUGAUUUUGAAGGCAAUGAUUCCGAGGAUUUACCCUUCAGGAAAGGUGAUAUUCUAACUGUAAUAUCGAAAGAUGAGGAACAGUGGUGGACAGCUAGAAAUAGUCUCGGCCAAACUGGCUCAAUACCGGUUCCGUAUGUUCAAAAGUACGACGAGGACAGCCAUAUAAUAGAAAAUAAUUCACGGCCUGAGAGUGGAGGUAGUUCGAGCUCCAAUUCAAAUUCAGGACACAUGUCACAAGUACCUCAUGUAGAAAUGUCGGGACAAGCAACCGUAACACGAAGAUCAAACAUUCAGAGAACACUACCAGCUUUCGCAAAAGUGAAACAAGCCAGGGUGCCGAAUGCGUAUGAUAAAACUGCAUUAAAAUUAGAAGUAGGUGACAUGAUAAAAGUGACAAAGACUAAUAUUAAUGGUCAAUGGGAAGGUGAAUUACAUGGCAAGGUUGGCCACUUCCCAUUUACGCAUGUAGAAUUCGUAGAUAAUGAGACUAAUGAAGACAAUCAAGAGAUUUAACAGAAAUUCUCCGAAUGUGAGGCACCGCAUAUGUGACAAAAAGAAAAAGGAGGACUUCUAUGUUAUCAAAAUGCUAAAUUACUGAUAACAUCUAUUAUAUGUACCAUUGCGUAGAUAUGUUUAAUUUUAAUUUUGAACAAUUAUUUACAAGAAAUUGGCUUUUUGAUGAUGAGAGAGAGAAAAAGUAAGGCUAUAAAGAUCUCACAUGCUGCUAAUAGUGUACGAAGUAAGAAAGAUGUUAGAUUGGUAGUACUAUUAUUGGCAUUUUAAUGGCAUUAUUAUUAAUAGUAUUAAAAACUUUUAUAUAAUUCACAUUACAUAUAUUAUAGAUUACCUAGUAUAAAAACUGAAACGUUUGGUUUAUAAUGAUUUAACGAUUAAAAUUUAAAUAAUUCAUCAUGCAGUAUUGGCAGCUCGAAAAUUCUUAAUAGCCUCUUAUUCAUUCCAAAUGUAUUUAUAAUGGAUUGCCGCAUGUCACAUACAUACGAACCCCACGUUUUUUUUGUGCAAUAUGAGGUGUUUAACGAUUUGUAUUGUAAUCUCCCUUCAGCAUGUUGCUAUUUUGUGCUGCAAUUCCAGACAAAAUCGUGAGACUUGUAAAAGUCGUUCUACGUUGAUCAUAAGCGUUUCAAUGACUUUAUGCUAGGUUUCUGCGAAUAAUUCCUAUCAUAAUAUCUUGAUUACUUUCAUCCAUAAUUUUGAUAAUUUCAUAAGAUUUUAAUAAUUUUCAACAAAUUAAUUCUAUCAAUGGGAUAAUCUGUCAAAUUAUUUCUAUGUGCGUAUUUUUAUUUUCUUAUUUGUAAAUAUCUUACAAUUUUUUGAAAAUCUUAAAGCUGUCUGUAAAGUUAUAGUUUGUGAACGCAAUUAGUUUGAUUGCAGCAUUUUAGUUUACAUGUUACCGAAUAAUCUAUAAGAAUAUAUACAUUGCUAAUUGCCCAAAGCAUACAAGCAUAAUUUUAUAAAGUUAUAUAUAUAAACUUGCGUACGUGUGAAGAUGUAACAAAACUAUGUAUUAGAAAGAAUGAGAAUAAAUGAGAGAGUGACAGAAUGAAUGAAUGAAUGAGAGAGGAGGGACGGGAGGAGAGAGAAAGAAAAAAAGAUAUGUCUGACACUACUAAUAAAAGUAAAAGUGAGGUUUUAAUACAAUAGUAAACAUAACAAUUUCCGAAAAGGGUACAGUAUUUAUAUAGGAUUAUUCCUCUCCCUCCUUUAUUUUACUAUUACAAAUUUUACGUAUAUGAGUAUACAUACCUCUAGAACUUUGAUUUCAAACGUAUAGAACUUUCAUGCACUAGUUUUACAUUCACCUGUAAAUUCAUAUUGUUCAAAGCUUUGUUUGAUGGUUCAACACGAAGUUUCAUUUGCAGCGAACCAUGAUAGAUUUGUUGAUUUUACAGAAUAUUAUUUUAUUAAUUAAAGAUAAGUUAUAUAUCACACACAUUUCUAUUUAUGAAUAUUACGAAAAAAAGGCAUGCUUUUUGAAAUAUUUUGUUACUAAAUGUUAACAGUUACGUUCUCCGGAGAAAAUGAAAAAAAAAAGAUAUGUUCCGCGCUAAAUAGUCUUCUUAAAUCUUCUAGUCAAAAACACAGCGACUAUGAUAAAAAAUGUAUUGUGUGUAUAUACUCGCUCAUUAUUCCUGAAUAUUGUUGUUAAUACAAUUUUGAAGACAUUUGAAAUAGUAAAAUUAUGAAAUAGUAAAAUUAUAUUAAUGCAGUUUUAUUGUGCAGACUAUAACGCAUUUUGGUCUCUCAUGGUACAUAUAAUAUCUGUCAGCAGUAGAUUGUGCAACAUUAAUGAAGUUGUGUUAGACAUUUGUAUUUAUAAAUGAUAAUAUAAUGAUAGAACAUUUUAUGAUGGAACAUUUUAUAGUAAUCGGAAAAUAUUUUAAUAGUAGAUAUUUUGAAUAAACGCUUGAAUUACGUUUGUAAUAAAAUUUUUUAUUGAGAAACAAUUUAAUCCAACUGUCAAGAAAUCUGCUAUUACAAUAUUUUCUGAUUAAAAGUGUAUAAUAGUACGUACUAUGCAUAUAUUGUGUGUAGUAUAUACUUUAUAUUAAAGAAAAAGAGGCAAGCCAAUAUUAUUAAUUGUAUAUUCAUUAUUUUAUUUUUUCAUAUAAUAUAUACAUAUAUAUAUAUGUAAAAUUUUAAAUCACUGUGUGUGUAUGAUGUUUAACAUUCAAUGAUUUGAUCGUCCUAUUUCUAUCGCACGUAACACACCAGUUACGUAACUGUUUCAUAAGUUUCACAAAAUUUACAUGCGAUAUUUACAUACUAGUAAAUAGAAAAUAUUUCAUAUCAAUAAACUUUGCAACUCUAGACAAAAUUCUCUUCCGCUUAAUCCUUAAACAAAGAUAAAACAAAAUGACCUAAUUUGUAUGUAAUUUUUUACAACGUCUGGAAAUUCAGUGUGUAAAAUAAGGCAAGCUGAAUAACACAAAACAGGCAGUUUUUUUUGGCAGCAUUAUUAUGUAAGGAAAAAGUGAUUUAUAUAAAAUAUAAGAAAAUACGUGCCAUUUUAUACAUGCUUUAUCUUUAAUUAUUAAUAUUCCGCAAUAACAUGGUGCUUAAGUGAAUUUUCAGCGUAAGAGAGUAAUAACUAUACAAAUGUUUUAAAUGUUGUGCAUAUACGCGUACGUAUGCGUAUAAAAGAACAAACAAUAGUUAUGUGUACAUUAAUUCGAAGAAAAUAUCUGAUACAUAUUUACAAUAAAGUCAUAGAGUAAAUAAUAAUUUGUAUAUUGCUUUUACCAUUAAUAAUGCAUAGGUUAUUAAAGCGUCACAGUGUAUAACAUAUAAAAAAAAAAA